AUGCAGCACGGUAUACCACGCAGCUACUGGACGAGUUUGAACACUACGGCCCCAAGUGCGUCCACAGGGUGCCUGGUACUCGAGCCUAUGGGCCCGAGUGUGAAUAUCAUGGUCGAGGAGUUGCCCCAGUUCAAACCUCGCAAGCGGGGAAUGAAGAUUCACUAUCCUCCUCAGAUGGCCAAGAGCACCCUCAAGCAGUCAUUGCAGGCACUGGCAUUUCUCCAUAAUAAUGGCAUCGCCCAUGGUGACUUCUGA